AUGUCGUGGUGGGAAGAGAAUCGACGCUUCGAUCGUGCGACCGAAACCCAGGCUCAGAAUAUGCCUAACGGCCAGACCUUUCGAUUCCAUCCUGCUGCACCAGUUAAAACUGGUCCACAACUGCCAACCAAUCAAAACCCACUGCGACCAGAAUAUGCACCAUAUACCUACAGAGACUCGCUCAUAGGUACCCCUCCUAAUGUGUUCUACAUCCGCGACCAUGUAACUGCCAAUCAGAUGGUACCAAUGCUGAGCAGUCCACUUGGCUUUGACACCGAAUGGCGACCUAACUAUGUCAAGGGGGGUCGGGAGAAUUGGACAUCUUUGAUCCAAUUGGGAGACGAGCAUAACAUCCUCCUGAUCCAGAUCAGUGCUAUGCAAUAUUUCCCAGAAUCGCUACGAGAGUUACUGAGCAACCCGGCGAUCGUUAAAGUGGGCGUUGGGAUCCGAGGUGAUGCCUUCAAGCUGCACAGAGAGCAACAGCUUGAAUUCAGUUCGCUGCUCGACCUGGCCGAUUUUGCCAAGUUGGUCGACCCUGACAAAUGGGCACCGAACAGAAAUCCGGGCCUGGCGGCGCUCUGCGAAACCUAUCUUGAGCGCACGCUGAAGAAAGGGAAGAUCACAAAGAGCAAUUGGGAGAUGAAUCCCAUGACGAAGGCAAUGCAAGACUAUGCGGCUAAUGAUGCACACGUGUCUUUCAAGAUAUUCCGCUUUCUGGAAUGUCUUCACACUCAGAUGGAGUAUGCCCCGCCUUUCACUGACAGUUUAUUCACGGUUGAUGCACGCGUCUUUUGGGCCGCGGAAGAAGAAGCAUGGCACCGUCGGAAGGCAAGAAAUGAGAGAAACAGGUCAAGGGAGGCUGAGCGCCAGAAGCAGGAACAGGAACGCCUGAAGGCCGAACGGGACGUCAGCGCGCUGACAGCACCUGCCGUGCUCGGGUUUAUCACGGUGGUCAACGAACCACGCCAGAGUAAUUCCAUCCGGGAAGCUUCGGCCGUGACUCCUUUCCUUCUGUAA